AAAUUUUAGGACCCUCUCUCUCUCUCUCCACCUCCAUAGAAAGAAAACGCAGAGCAGCAGGCAGAGCAAGAGAGACGAGCUAGGGAUUCAUGGCGACCGAGAUCGAAGGAGCUCCCGCGACGGCGACGGCGGAGGCGGCGCCUGCGGCGGCCGCGAAGCAGCCGCACAAGCUGGAGAGGAAGUGGACCUUCUGGUUCGACAACCAAUCGAAGCCCAAGCAAGGCGCCGCCUGGGGCACCUCUCUUCGCAAGGUCUACACUUUCGACACCGUCGAAGAGUUCUGGUGUUUGUAUGAUCAAAUCUUUAAGCCAAGCAAGUUGCCUGCAAAUGCUGAUUUUCACUUAUUUAAAGCCGGCGUUGAACCCAAAUGGGAAGAUCCCGAGUGUGCUAAUGGAGGGAAGUGGACUGUUACCAGCAGCAGAAAGGCUACCCUUGAUGCGAUGUGGCUUGAAACUAUGAUGGGUUUGAUCGGAGAGCAAUUCGAUGAGGCAGAUGACAUCUGCGGGGUGGUUGCUAGUGUGCGCCAAAGGGACAAACUUGCUCUGUGGACAAAGACAGCUUCAAAUGAGGCUUUACAGACGGGUAUUGGUAGGAAGUGGAAGGAAAUCAUGGAUGUCACUGACAAGAUCACUUACAGCUUCCAUGAUGACUCUAGAAGGGAAAAAUCGGUCAGGGGACGUUACACUGCCUGAAUGUCUGCUGCCAAUUCUGUUGGUGUUACUUUCAGUGGCAGCUGCAGGACUUAAUGAGAGUAAUGCAAUGUUAUAUUUAUCGCAUGGAUGGUUUAGCAAGCUUGGCAUGCUCUGGAGCACGCAAAACAAAAAGAAAAGGCUUCGUAUGCUUUAGAGAUGUUUUAACCCCUUCUGGGUUUGCAAUUUUGUUUUACCUCCUGAAGCUGUUUCUCCAUAAUGUUUUGCUCGAGCUUAUUAAGAAAAAAACAUUAGAAAUGCGUUUUGUUGUGAAGAUUACACAUGAUGAGCAAUAUGAAUUCAUUUUCCUCCUUUUGCACUUAA